GAGCGUACACACACCUGCUUACCUCCCUGCUGCUGGGUGGGUGGAGCAUGCUGGGGCUGUUUGCACACCUCAGGCUACACCUGCAUGAAUGCGUACCUGAAAGCUCUGGCAGAGCUGCUGCUGCAGGUUUUGUGUUCCCUGGAGGGCGAUGGCUUGCUGCUUCUGAGUGAUGGGCUGUGGGAACAGUAAGGUGCUGCCUGAUGCGUCCAAGAAGGGCUAUGUAAGUGUUGUGCAAUCGCUCGUGGCCUUUCGCAAAUCACAUGCUGAUGAUGAGCCGAAGAAGCGUGCAGAGAAGCAAAGAGCUCCGUGGUUUUCCACCGGCGCUAAGACUCUUCAACCGGCGUCAAACAGCCAACAGCAGAUACUCAGAGACGGACGACACCAGGACAAAGUCGCAAAGUAUAAGGACAAGUUUGAUCCACGUGUGACAGCAAGAUACGACAUCAAGGCUCUGAUCGGUCGAGGAAGCUACAGCCGCGUUGUGCGCGUGGAGCACAGGGCGACUCGCCAGCCCUUCGCCAUUAAAAUGAUGGAGGUAGAGGCCCUAGAGGGCCGUGAGGUGUGCGCGUCGGAGCUGGCGGUGUUGCAGCGGGUGAGCCACUCUCAUGUGAUUCAGCUGAUCGAGGUGUUUCAGUUCCCGCAGCGGGUCUACAUGGUGCUGGAGCUGGCCACAGGUGGGGAGCUGUUGGACCGUGUCGUCAGCAGGGGCCACUUCACGGAGAGGGACGCUACCCGCGCCCUCCAGAUGGUGCUGGCUGGGGUGGGAUACCUGCACAACCUGGGUAUCACCCACAGAGACUUGAAGCCUGAGAAUCUUCUGUACUACCACCCAGGAGUGGAUUCCAGGCUGCUCGUCACCGACUUCGGACUGGCCACUUUUGGCGGCGCAGGGUCUGAGGUCAGUGGAGAUCAUACCGGAGCCGACUCUUGGUCCCUCAGAACCACCUGUGGAACCCCGGAGUACAUGGCCCCUGAGGUGUUGCUGAGGAAACCCUAUUCCUGUGCAGUGGACAUGUGGGCCCUGGGGGUGAUCGCCUACAUCGUGCUGAGUGGAUCCAUGCCGUUUGAGGACGACAGUCGCACGCGCCUCUACAGAUCCAUCGUGAGAGGAAAGUACAGCUUCCAUGGAGAUCCUUGGCCCUCAGUGUCCGACCUGGCCAAGGACUUCAUCCAGCGGCUGCUGCUGUUGGACCCGGCCGCCCGCCUGAGCGCCGUCCAAGCCGUCCGUCACCCCUGGGUAGUCUCCAUGGCAGCCAGCUCCUCCACAAGGAACCUCCAUCGAUCCAUUUCUCAGAACCUCAGGCAGCGGACAUCACGCAGCUCCUCCCGGUCCCCAAGCGGCACCGCGAGCUCUGCCGAUUCCUGGGAAGGCUCAUAUCGCUGGAAGAAAACCAAGAGCGGCAGCAGGCCAGAGCAUCUGGACUGACUGACUGAUGCUACAUCCAGCCAGAGGCUUCCAGGAGCUUCAUCGCCAUCCAACGAAAGCACCAGAUUCAUGAGAAGGCUAAUGGACGGGACCAGCUGCCCCAUGCCGACUGUGUACUGCAAUCACCAACCUCAGAGCUGCAAGCAGGAAGCCAAACUGUCUGAGACAGGUGUUGUAGCAAAAUAAGUUCCUCUGGGCUUCAGUCAGGCUUCUCUAAUAAGGCCCCCUGAAGGCUGAGUUCCCUUUAGUUCCUCGUGGUCGAGUUAAGCUGUCAGUGAACAUCCCUCAGUCUGGAGGUCCAGGCUUAUAUUGAGCCCGAGCUGUCCACCUCCGUAAGGUCUCCAGCCUCUGGAUAUCCACACAGCUCAGCCUAAUGGCUCUUCAUUAUGAGUCACCACAUUACCUGUGAGGAGGUUCAUUCAGGGAAUGAGAAAUGCGAGUUAAUCUUAGCAACGAUGACGUAAAAGUCCCAAACAGCAGGAUGAUCUGUUUUAAAGAAAGAAGUCUUUUCUUGUGUUGCUGCUGCUCCUACAUAGCAUCACCCACAUCCUGAGAGAGCUCUGAAAGCACCCAGAGACGGGGCUCUGGGCUUAAAGAACGUUCUGCAAGCUGUUCACCAUGCAGAACAUAAUUGCCAGUGAAGUUCAAUCAUGUUCACACGUAAUGUAUUGUGGAUUUAUUUCAGUUUAGGUUUUAAUGAUUUAUGAUGUAUGCUUUUUGGUAACUUUAAUUUAUUGAUGUUUUGUGUAGUCAAGAGUUGAAUAAGAGAAGAUGUGAGAUGUUUUUUUAAACACAAUUAUUUCCUUUUCCGUCAUAUUUCACCAACAGUCACUGAAAAAAGAUGUUUUUUGUUUUAUUCCUUUUUUGCUUCAGCAAUUUCUUUAAUUAUUCAAUAAAAUGUAUUCAAUCAACCAAACGUGUUGUGGUGCAGCACAUGUCUUAAUGUUACUGCAAUCAAUAGCGUAAUUAAAGAUCCUCUUACUCGCUUUUUCUUGAGCUUUCAACCACUUUGCAUGGUCUUCAUCAGUGUGAGGCUGCAACAUGCGUCAAAAUCUCUGUAAAAAGGUGC